AUGUGCGAUGACGGGUUGGAAGGGCUCUUAAUUCUACAUUCUGGACAGCAUCAGAGCAUUGAUGCCUACACCAUUUGCGAUUUUGUCUUCCAACUGGUACGCUGCACACAGAAGAGAGCACCACGUCUUGAGAUGCUCAGAAUCUUGGAUUUUGCGAAAUCAGAGUGGCAGUCAUGGCUGGCUUCGGCAGAAUCGAUACUCGACGGAAUGGCAUAUGUCCCAGUUUUGCAGAACUUGACUACCAUAGACUUACAGCUGGAGAUGUUUCCCAGCAGUGAAAACAGUUGCAUGUCAAACCUUGUCGAGAUUACCAAGCAAAAUGCCAACCUGAAAGUCCUGAGAAUACGCACAAGUCCAAGAAGUAUUAGGUAUUACCGCACCAGCAGCGAGAAUUGGGCGCCGUUACUUCAACAGCUUGGCAGCGAUCCUCCAUUUCGCCUCCGGACACUUGAAUUUGAUGGACUUAUUUCAAGUGAAUCGGCACCAACUCUGGACCGUAUUGUCGAUACACACUCUCCGACCCUCCGCCGGCUCGUCCUGGAGCAUACUAAUUUCCACUAUCCAAAUACCCUCCAUGCUCUCUUCAGCUCUCUAGCAAAGUCCAAUGUGAACUAUUUUGAAUCAAACUGGCUAUACCUCCAUCGAGGGUAUUACCUGUUAGCCGGUAGGGUGUACUUUCAAACGGUUUUCGAAGAAGUCAUUGAGCCGACAAUCUCACAUAUCAAUGAGUGCGACGAAGAAUCUUGCUGGGACUGGGUCAAAGUUUUCUGGGAUGUCAGCAGUAUUGACACCCCAUUGGUCUUCGAUAAUGAAGAUGGCUGGCGCGGGGAGGGUUGGAUGAAACACUGCUUCAUGAAUACAGUUGCGUCUAUUGAUUGCGGCGCUAUAAGAGACUAUUGA